ACACUAUUGUGCUGCAAACAAACCAAGAGCUUUUUCGCGCGCUCUUGUGAAGUGUUGAGUCUGCUCCGGCGGCCAACAGCUGCCCUUACAAAAUGGGUUACCUCAGGUAUAUUGAAGUUGAAAACUUCAAGUCCUACAGGGGAAAACAAAUGAUCGGACCUCUGAAGCCCUUCACUGCAGUGAUCGGCCCGAACGGAUCCGGAAAGUCCAACUUCAUGGAUGCCAUCAGUUUCGUGCUUGGAGAGAAAAAGAACAGUCUGCGCGUGAAAAAGCUGAGUGACCUGAUCCACGGAGCUCCAAUCGGUGCUCCCGUAGCGUCCCGGGCUCACGUGACUGCUGUGUACUGCAACGAAGAUGACACGGAGACGCACUUUACGAGGAUCGUCAUCCACUCUUCGUCAGAAUUUCGUAUCAACGACGUGGUUGUUUCCCUGGACGAGUACCUGAGUCGAUUGGAAGACUUGAGCAUCAAUGUAAAGGCCAAGAACUUCCUGGUCUUCCAAGGGGACGUGGAGACCAUUGCCAUGAAGAACCCCAAGGAACGCACCCUCCUCUUCGAAGAGAUCUCCCAUUCUCUGGACCACAAGGCAGAGUACGAGCAGCUGCGCAAUGAGAUGAUCAAGGCGGAGGAGGACACACAGUUCUCGUACCAGAAGAAGAAGGGCAUUGCAGCCGAGAAGAAGGAGGCACGCCUCGAGAAGGAGGAGGCAGACAAGUACCAGCGGCUCAAGGAGGACCUGAACGAGCGCCAGGUGGUGUGCCAGACAUUCAAGCUCUACCACAUCCAGCAAGAGCUGGAGCGCCUCAGCGACGAGAUGAGCCACAAGACCACGGAGCUGCAGAAGGUGGUGAGGCGAAAGGAGAAGGUGGAGGAGGAGGUGAGGGACAAGAGGAAGGAGCACGGCAAGAUGCAGCGGGAGAUGGCCAAGAUAGAGCAGCAGAUACGGGAGGCCGACGUGGAGCUGAACAAGAAGAAGCCUGCCUUCAUCAAAGCCAAGGAACGAACGGCGCACAUGCAGAAGAAGCUGGAGGCAGCCAGGAAGUCGUACAAGGCAGCCAAGAAGGUGGACGAGACGCACCAGGGGGAGAUCUCGGAGCUAGAAGAGGAGCUGGAGGAGAUCAACAAGCGCAUACGGGAGUUUGAGCAUCAGCUCAGCGAGGAAUCCGAGAGCCAGGGCAGGGACUUUUCCCUCGAGGACUCCCAGCUGCGGGAGUACCACCAGCUGAAGGAGGAGGCCGGGCGUCAGGCGUCGCUGCACCUGCAGAACCUGGACUCGGUGCGGCGGGACCAGAAGUCCGACCAGGACCGGCACGACAACGAGGUGCGCAAGCGCCAGGAGACCCAGAACAAGGCCCGCCAGAAGAAAGCCGAGCUCGACGAGAACCUGCGGCGCGUCGACAAGCUCGGCGAGCAGAUCAGGUCGAGCGAGGCAAGCCUGGAGGAGCUGCGUCGACAGGAACAGGAGGUGAGCCGGGACGUGGGGGAGGCCAAGGCUCGGGUGGCGGCCAUCAACCGGGAGCUGGAGGCCCUCAUGAACGAGAUGGGCGACGCCAAGGUGGACAAGCAUGAGGACUCCCGCCGCCGCAAGAAGGCCGAGAUUGUCGACCACUUCAAGCAGCUAUACUCCGGCGUGUACGACCGUCUGGUGAACAUGUGCCAGCCAGUACACAAGAAGUACAACGUGGCCAUCACCAAGGUGCUGGGCAAGAACAUGGAGGCCAUUGUGGUGGACUCGGAGAAGACCGGCCGGGCCUGCAUCAAGUACCUGAAGGAGCAGAUGCUCGAGGCAGAGACUUUCCUGCCCCUGGACUACAUAGACGCCAAGCCCCUCAAGGAGCGCCUCAGGACCAUCUCGCAGCCCAAGAACGUGAAGCUGCUGUACGACGUUCUGCAGUACGACCCCCCAGCGAUCAAGCGGGCCGUGCUGUAUGCCACCAACAACGCCCUGGUCUGUGAGACGGCCGACGAUGCCAGCCGCGUCGCCUACGACCUGGGUGACAACAAGCGCUACGACGCUGUGGCAUUGGACGGAACCUACUACCAGAAGAACGGGUUCAUAUCGGGAGGCAGCACGGACCUUGCAAAGCGUGCCCGGCGGUGGGACGACAAGGCAUUCCACACGCUGAAGCAGAAGAAGGAGAAGCUGACGGAGGAGCUGAAGGAGAUGAUGAAGCGGACGCGCAAGGAGUCUGACCUGACCACCAUACAGUCGCAGAUCAGGGGCCUGGAGACGCGCAUCCGCUACUCGGUCACGGACCGGGACAACAUCCAGAACAAGAGCAUCGCCAACCUCGAAAAGGAGAUCGCCCGGCUUGAGGCAGAGGUCGCCAAGUACGAGCCCCACGUGAAGAAGAUUGAGGAGGAGAUGCGGAAGCGGGAGCUGAAGAUCGACGAGCUCAAGCAAGCCCAGAACGGCAUCGAGGACCGGGUGUUUUCCGACUUCUGUGCCAGCAUCGGGGUGGAGAACAUUCGCCAAUAUGAAGAGCGGGAGCUGCGAGCGACCCAAGAGCGGGACAAGAAGAAGCUCGAGUUUGAGAACCAGAAGAACCGCAUCGUCAAUCGGCUUGAGUAUGAGCGCUCCAAAGAUACCUCCGAGAACGUGAACAAGUGGAAGAAGACGGUGGAAGACGACGAGCGAGAGCUCGAGAACCUCAAGGAGGCCGAAGCCAACCAGAUGCAGAUGAUAGAUGACCAGAUGCAAUCCCUGGAGAAGCUGAAGAGCAGCAAGCUGGGCAAGAAGCAGGACUUGGACAAGGCGGAGGAGCAGAUGGCCGAGAUCCGCAAGCGCCUAGCCGCCGUGCAGAAGGACAUUGCCGUCGUCCAGAAGAGCCUCACCUCCCUCGAGGCCCGCCAGGAGCAGCGCAGGCUCGACCGCCACAGCGUGCUCCAGACCUGUAAGCUGGAGCAGAUCCCUCUGCGACUGCUCGACGGGACCCUGGAGGAGCUGGAGGCCCCCACGGACGCGUCCUCCCAGGAGACAUCCCACGGGGACGGGGGUGACACGGAGACCUCGAGCGCCCACCCGGCCAGCGGCAGCAUCACCCGCCUGUACGAGCGGGAGGGACAGCUGCGCAUCGACUACUCCAUCCUGCCCGAGGAGCUCGUAGAGCUGGACACCCCCGAGGAGGUGAAGAAAGAGGGCGACCGGCUGAGCAAGGAGAUUGCUGACAUGCAACACCACCUGCAGCGGACGCAGGCACCCAACAUGCGAGCCAUGGAAAAGCUGGACGGGGUGAAGGAGCGUCUGAAGGAGACGGACACGGAGUUCGAGAACGCCCGCAAGCGUGCCAAGAAGGCCAAGAUGGCCUUUGAGAAGAUCAAGCGGGAGCGCCACCACAAGUUCACCACCUGCUUCGACAGGGUCUCCAACCGCAUCGACGAGAUCUACAAGGCCCUGACCAACAACCAGAGCGCCCAGGCCUUCCUGGGCCCCGAGAACCCCGAGGAGCCCUACCUGGAGGGCAUCAACUACAACUGCGUGGCGCCGGGGAAGCGCUUCCAGCCCAUGAGCAACCUGUCCGGAGGGGAGAAGACGGUGGCCGCCCUUGCCCUUCUCUUCGCCGUGCACAGCUUCCAGCCGGCGCCCUUCUUUGUGCUGGACGAGAUUGACGCAGCCCUGGACAACACCAACAUUGGCAAAGUGGCCCACUUCAUCCGGGAGCAGACGGAGACCUCCUUCCAGUGCAUCGUAAUCUCCCUCAAGGAGGAGUUCUACAGCCACGCCGACGCCCUCGUGGGCAUCGUGCCAGAUCCAGGAGAAUGCACAGUCAGCCGUGUUUUGACAAUGGACCUCUCUUGCAUUCCCGAGUGAAGUGUGACAGCGUCCAAGAUGUUCGUGGGAUUGACUAGUUUGUGUCAUGUUCUGCUGAAGGUUUUAAUAUUGAUACGUUUUGUGAGCUUGCUAAGGGCUGGCAACGACAAGAUUCUCCUGGAAUUUCAGCAUUUCUUUUUAUAUGUGUUCUGUGUGGGUGGCAGGCCUUCACCUUGCCAUGUGCUGAAGAAAGCUUUUAAAAAUGUAUUAAAGUUCUAUUUAAAUUGAAAAAA